GGGCGCGUUUGUCGGGGCAGUUUGCAGGGUUGCUGCUUGUAGGGGUCACAGAUAGUCCGAUUGAAUUUUGGUCGAGAAUGGACAAAAAGAGACGGAUUGGGCUGAGAAUAUGCGGUGCCGUGGUUUAGUGACAGUGCCGGUGCCAUAGAGGAGUGCGCGGACCAGCGGCGGGACGACGGCCGCACCAUAAGAGAUGCCGUGAUGGCAAGAGAGGAAUCCCGCGGAAAGAGACCCUUCAAGCUAUGGGACGGGCGUCGUAGUGUGCGCAAGGGGCUGGUGGUGGGGAGCCUCGACGAGCUAGUGCAGCGCGGAAGAGACAAGCUCGGCGUCUCCAUCGGAGAGCCGGUGCGAUUGGUGUUGGAGAGCGACGGUACCCAGGUCGAAGACGCCGAGUACUUUCGGACGCUACCUGCCAACACCAUCCUUCUGUUGCUGAGACCGGGCGAGCGAUGGCUGCCUGCCGGCGUGGACGUGAUCCGAGCAGUAGCCAUCUCAGCGAUCCCGAAGAUCGUGUGCGAAACGAUUCAUGCUCUGGAGUUGCACGAUGAAACGCCCUCGUGGAAGAUCAUGGACAACAAGGGCCGCGUCACCGUCGUGCUUCAUUGGGACCAGCGUUCGGCCCCUACGAGGACCUCCUCGGAGACGCCGUCGCCCGCCCCCGGCAAGUUCUCGCCGAGCAAGCGGCCCUCGCUUGUCAUCCAGACAUCCGUGGGGGGCAAGAAGGAGACCCUCAUCAAUGAUGUGUACGUGCCUCCGGGCCAGCCCCAACCUCGCUACUCCAGCCCUCAGAUCACUGUGAUAAACCACGACGACGUUAAACCCGUUCAUCGGCUGUCCAAACAGGGCAGCUCCUUGGAAAGCGCUACCAUUCACAUCCACACGCCCGAGUGCGCCCAUCACGCUCACAUGCCCCGCGCCGGCAGCCCCCAGAGCAACGGCGCGAUCGAAUGCGACUUUCAUUGUUGCGCCCUACACGAGGAGGGUAGGAAGAUAGCCGUGCACAAAAGCGUAGCAACGUCUCCGAUUCAAGAUGCUCAACAGCAGACCUCACCACAACCGCCAUCAUCUAGACACGUGCGUUUUUUAGACAUUGAAGGUGGCGGCCGACACGGCGGCGGACAGUCCGAACACGAGAGCUCCGAAAGCGAAACGGAGAACACCGUGAUGGAGGACGAGGCCGUCACCUCUGAAAAAUUUUUGCUGUUGAUCGAUCAAUUGAGCGUCGAUCAGAAAAGACAUCUGAGCAUCAAGGAUAUCGGGAUCAUACUCGAAAGGCUCAGUUCGAAAAUUUUGGACGUUGAAAGGUUAGAUCGAGAGAGCGAAAGCGACGAUUGCUACAACUGGACCAUCAAAGCGACGAUUCGCGGCGAUGUUCUGCGCGAAUUGGGCGUCAUCUACAACGGCAACUAUUAUGCCAUUUCGGAACAUCCAGGUUAUAAGGAAGAGAACGAGGGGGUCAUUGAAGAGGCAGAAGAAGAAGAAGAGGAAGAAGACAGGCUGUGAACUGACAGCUAACGACUGCCAAUGUCAUAAUGCACAAAAGCAGACUCUAGUAAUAAGCACAGGUGCAAAAUAUCACAUAUCGGAUGUGAACUUUGUAAACCGUACUCCGUACUGACUUGCCAUGGUGAUCGAUCCUUCUUAAAACACGCGUUGCGAGUUGUGCGGGGCGACGACUGCCACACCGUCUCGUAGUCUAAUAAACUAAAAAAACAAAAAACAAAAAAUAUUGAUACCUAUUGGAAAUUAAAUGAGAAAAAGAAAAACCACAAAAAAAUCAUUAAGAAAAAAACAUAGGAAAACAAAAUUAACGACACGACUUGACUAGUUGUAUAGGGUUGACAAUCGAUUCUCGAUCGGUGCGAUUCGAUUCGUUCGUUUAAACGAGUUUUUAAGUCACCGACGAUGAUUACACACGAAUACUGAUGCAAAAGAACAUGAAAAAUUGUGUUUGUAUAGGUAUCCUUGUUAAUCAUGUAAAUCAUUUAUAAAUAAUAAAACUAUUCGCUUAGAUGGUUGUUUGUUGUGCGCGCGAGUACGCGAAACGCGUCGCAGGACUCUCUCAUGAUGACUCUCAUUAUAACAUUAUUACACUCAACUAUCCACCGUGGACGUGGCUUUAGCCGCACGGGGGACCCCUAGGAUUAUAUAUAAACGCUUUGUACUUUUUAUAAUUAUGUGGAUUGUACGAGUACUUAGCCAAUUUAAAGUUAAUUAUUUUUAAGAAAUUAUUAGCCCAGGUCACUUAGAUGAGAGAUGAUGAUUCAGUAUUUAUAUAAAAUAUAUUAUAUAAGUAUAUAAGAGGAAGUUGUUUAGGAUAUUUGAGAUGUUUAUAACUGGGUUACUCGAUGAUUGAUUGAUUGUAUAUUGCUCAAUUGUCCUUUUGUUUUUGUAAUCAUUAACCACCAUCGGUCGGGUAUGUUGUGAUAAGAUAUUGCCGAGCGCGAUAUAUAUUAUAUAUAUUAUUGUAAUUAAGUAUAUAUAAUAUUGAAGAAAAAAGAAUAGGGUUGGGGGGUGAAACGGGCGAAUCAAUUUGGGACACUUGGUGAUUUUUUCAUGAGAAUGGAAAGCAAACGUAGGUCUAUAUUAGAUAAAUUAAUUAUAAAGUGAAUAAAAACUGUGCAAAAAAAUUGAAAAAAAAUUUUCUUUGGAAUUCGAUCUGGGGGUGCGUUUCGGCUUCGCGGUCCGUUCGCACGCCGCUUGUCUUGUUGAGGCGUGCCUCGGAGCGGAAUCGCAUCGAUGGUCGAUGGACGCGUCCCAGGCAGGCAAAGAAAGAACAAACGACGUCGAGUCCAUCCUCCGCCAAACAUGUUCUAAAAUCUAAUUACCACUGCCAUCAACCUGUAAACCACGAGAAAAUUGCAAAAUUCCGGGUGAUUAGCUGACAGGACGGGCGGGGCGCCGCCGACCCACCUCCGGAGGCCCCCAUCGAUCGUUGGUGCACCACCGGGACUCCGUCUUGGUGGUGCACGGUUCCGAAAACGGGAAACUGCACUGCGAAAUCUGAGUCGUGGGGCGGGCCGGGAGCGGCCGGGUCGAGCGGCCGUUGACUCCUGCGAGGGGAGGACGCACUCCUGUCACGGCACACUGCCCUACUUCCGAGCGGAGGGGCGAACCUAUCAUUCGGCCUCCGGUGUUAUUAUGCAAUACGUGAUAAUUCUCAUCACUUCCAUCAGACGAGCCACCAGCUCCGGGUACUUCGUCGUGCGAGUGAAUUAUUUAUUACGGCGUCACUAACACAUUUUUCAUCGCGAAUUUUUCAUUCGGUUUUCGAGGUUUACGUAUUAUUAUAAUUGUCGUUCGUUUGUUCAUGCGUUCCUUCACGGUCAUCAUCAAGCAAAAAAAGAGCAAAAACGAAACGAAAAACUUUUAUUAUUCACUCAUCGUUUCUACAUUGUUCAUCAGCAUUGUUUUAAAUAGGAAAAUUAAUGUUAAUUAGAUAAACAAAAAAACUAUUAUUUAUUUCGAUAUAUUAUUGAAACCAUUAUUCAAAUAAACAAAUUAACGAA